UCUUUUCACAUUCCACUUAAGAAUAAACACUCUUUUAUUCUCUUUCUAUUUUCAAGAGUAAAAAAUGUCUCACUUCAAAUUGAGUUUGGCUUUCAUGAUUGUUGCUGCAUUGUUGUUGAGCACUACAAUGGCUCAAUCUCCAGCCUCAUCUCCAAUCAAAUCGAAGUCACCGAGAAAAGCAAUAUCUCCGUCACCAGCCACCGUGACUCCACCGCCGGCUUCUUCUCCCGCCGCCGGAGGUUCUCCUCCUGAACAAUCAGCAUCUUCUCCGGCGAUCUCUCCUUCUUCCAUCUCUGGUCCACCAUCUGAAGCGCCAGGACCUGCUUCCAGCGCUGUCGUUUUGAAUAGAGUCUCUGUUGCUGCUGGAUCUGCAGUUGUGAUUUUCGCAGCUGCUUUGAUAUUGUAGACGCCGAAUUCUUCAAGUUAUUCCUUUUUUUUUUUUUAAUUAUUUCAAUUUCAUUUUAUUCUUUGAUUUAUUUUGUACUACUGUUCUUAUGAAUAUUACUUACAAGUAGAGAUUUUUUUUAUAUUUUUAUUUCUAUAAUUAUAUCCAUUCUUUUGUGUGGUAAACUCAAACAAAAUUGGAAUUUGAUGAUGCAUUUAAUUUUAAUUUGAGUUGUACUAUAUAAACUAAUUGGUAGUAAGUGUAACUGAUUUUCACGUUCAGUUGGUAGUGAUUAGAAAAUUUGUUACUCUCUCUUUCUUUAUCAUAUUAAAAUUCAAAGAAGAAUAAAAACAAAUUGGAAUUUGAACUA